AGGCGCUGCUGCAAGGAGGCGGUUAGUGACGCCAUUUUAGCGGAGGUGUUGAGGGAUAGAGCCUUAGAAGGGAGAGGAAAAUUAGGCACUCAAAAUUUGUUUUUAUUUUAAAACACCGAACCUCUUUCUUGCCAACUGUCUGUUUAAAAUUAAGUAACCAUGUCUGUAGAAGGAACAGCAGACCAGGCAGUGGAGUAUAUUCCAGAGAAGGUGAAGAAAGCUGAAAAGAAGUUGGAAGAAAAUCCUUAUGACCUUGACGCUUGGAGCAUUCUGAUACGAGAGGCACAGAACCAACCUAUAGACAAAGCAAGGAAGACCUAUGAGCGACUUGUCGCCCAGUUCCCAAGUUCUGGCAGAUUCUGGAAACUAUUCAUUGAAGCAGAGAUAAAGGCAAAAAACUAUGACAAGGUUGAAAAGCUGUUUCAAAGAUGCCUCAUGAAAGUGCUGCAUAUUGAUCUUUGGAAAUGCUACCUGUCAUAUGUACGAGAAACCAAAGGCAAACUCCCUACUUACAAAGAAAAAAUGGCACAGGCAUAUGAUUUUGCCUUGGAUAAAAUUGGCAUGGAGAUCAUGUCCUAUCAGAUAUGGGUUGACUACAUCAAUUUUUUAAAAGGAGUGGAAGCUGUGGGAUCCUAUGCAGAGAAUCAGAGAAUUACUGCAGUUCGUAGAGUAUACCAGAGAGGCUGUGUAAAUCCCAUGAUUAACAUUGAACAGCUGUGGAGAGAUUACAACAAAUAUGAAGAGGGCAUUAAUGUUCACCUGGCUAAGAAAAUGAUUGAAGACCGCAGUCGAGACUACAUGAAUGCCAGAAGAGUAGCAAAGGAAUAUGAAACAGUUAUGAAGGGCCUGGAUCGAAACGCACCAUCUGUGCCUCCACAGAAUUCCCCGCAAGAGGCUCAGCAGGUGGAGAUGUGGAAGAAGUACAUUCAGUGGGAGAAAAGCAAUCCUCUUCGGACCGAGGACCAAACACUCAUCACAAAAAGAGUAAUGUUUGCCUAUGAACAGUGUCUGCUGGUGCUGGGACAUCAUCCUGAUAUUUGGUAUGAAGCAGCUCAGUACCUGGAGCAAUCCAGCAAGCUGCUAGCAGAAAAGGGGGAUAUGAACAAUGCUAAGCUUUUCAGUGAUGAAGCUGCAAACAUUUAUGAGAGAGCUAUCAGCACUUUGUUAAAAAAAAACAUGCUGCUCUACUUCUCCUUUGCAGACUAUGAAGAGAGUCGCAUGAAAUACGAAAAGGUGCACAGCAUAUACAACCGCCUCGUGGCAGUAGAAGACAUCGAUCCAACGCUGGUCUAUAUCCAGUAUAUGAAGUUUGCAAGGCGAGCAGAAGGUAUCAAGUCUGGUAGAAUAAUAUUCAAGAAAGCAAGAGAGGAUCUUCGAACACGCCAUCAUGUCUAUGUGUCUGCUGCACUGAUGGAGUACUACUGUAGUAAGGACAAAUCAGUGGCUUUCAAGAUCUUUGAGUUAGGUUUGAAGAAAUAUGGAGACAUUCCAGAGUAUAUAUUGGCAUAUAUUGAGUAUCUGUCUCACCUCAAUGAGGAUAAUAAUACCCGAGUAUUGUUUGAGCGUGUUUUAACAUCUGGAAGCUUGUCACCUGAGAAAUCUGGAGAAAUCUGGGCCCGCUUUUUGGCGUUUGAGAGCAACAUUGGAGAUCUAGCCAGCAUCUUGAAGGUGGAAAGGAGGAGGUUUACAGCCUUUAAGGAGGAAUAUGAAGGAAAAGAAACUGCAUUGCUAGUAGACAGAUACAAGUUCAUGGACCUCUACCCCUGCUCUUCCAGUGAACUGAAAGCUCUUGGUUACAAGGAUGCCUCUCGUGCCAAACUAGCCACAAUGAUUCAGGAAACUGUAGUGGCUCCUUCCGUCACGCCAGUACUCAAGGAUGAAGCGGAUAGAAAGCCUGAAUAUCCAAAACCAGACACAAACCAGAUGAUACCAUUCCAGCCAAGGCACUUGGCACCUCCAGGGCUUCAUCCUGUACCAGGUGGUGUGUUCCCUGUGCCUCCUGCCGCUGUGUUUCUCAUGAAGCUACUGCCACCUCCACCAUGCUUCAUGGGCCCGUUUGUGCAGGUUGAAGAACUCAUGGAGAGUUUUAGAAGAUGUAAACUGCCAGAAACUGUGGAUGCAGCAGUGGAAAUCAUCACUGGCAGGCAGCCUGAAUUGGCUACAGAGGGAAACGGACCUGUAGAGAACAAUGCCGUGGUCAACAAAGCUAUGAAGAGGCCAAACGCUGACUCUGACGAUGAAGAGGAAAAGGGGGCCAUAGCUCCCCCCGUACACGACAUCUACAGAGCACGACAACAGAAAAGAAUCCGAUGAACAACACACCUGGAAACCCUUACUGUGAAAGACUCCUGGUUGCUGAGGCAUUAUCCUCUCACAGGGUGUGCUAAAAGACUGUGAUUGAUCCUGGGGGUUUCAAAAACACAAGAUUGUGUCUCUUACAAAAGCAAGCGGUUCCACCAAGGAAGAGAUGCACAAGACGCAUUUUGUGUAAGAACAUACGUUUCCAAAUUUUUUUAAAAAGCAAGAACACAAAUUCAGCUUCAUUCUUGUAUGCUGUUUGAUGCAUCUAAAGUCUUGUGUUUUUUGUUUCAUCGGUUUUAUUUUAAAAACUGGGUGGCUUAUACUGUAUAAAGUUUUUAAUUACGUACUGUAAUUCAACAUAAUGUUCUGAGUUUGCCAUAUCUAGUUUCAUUAUGUAUGGCAAAAUUGAUUAAUUCUGUUUUGUAGUCAAAGGAGUAAACAGAUCCUUCAAAUAAAAAACAAACAUGU